CAUCUUUGUAAACAGUGCGGGCGCAUGCGCAGUUGCGCUGCACUCUAAUGGAGGACAUGUCUGAUCUGCAAUCGUGUUUUUCUGCGCUGUUUCUCUAAGCUGCGCUCUCAACACCCUUCAGCUGAGCCCGAGACACCCCCCCAGUGGCAGAAUGGCUUCGGACUCAGUCUCUCAAAGCUCCCAGAGUCCUGCCACAAGGAUCAUGACCUUUCACCCCACAAAAGAGGAGUUCAAAGACUUCAACAGAUACAUAGCGUAUAUGGAGUCGCAGGGGGCUCACAGAGCCGGCAUGGCUAAGGUGGUGCCACCAAAGGACUGGAAGCCCCGGCGCACGUACGAAGACAUUGAUGAUCUGGUGAUUCCCGCACCGAUUCAACAGGUGGUCACUGGCCAAUCAGGUCUCUUCACGCAGUACAACAUCCAGAAGAAGCCGAUGACCGUCCGCGAGUUCCGCAAAACUGCCAACACAGACAAGUUCUGUAAUCCCAGAUAUGCUGAUUUUGAUGAACUAGAGAGGAAAUUUUGGAAGAAUUUAACAUUCAAUCCACCUCUAUACGGGGCAGAUGUCAGUGGAAGCCUCUAUGAUCCAGAUGUGACGGAGUGGAAUAUUGGUCAUCUGAACACUAUUUUGGACAUGGUGGAGAGAGAGAGUGGAAUCACAAUCAAAGGAGUCAACACUCCGUAUCUUUAUUUCGGGAUGUGGAAGAGCACGUUCGCCUGGCACACAGAGGACAUGGAUCUCUACAGCAUCAACUACCUUCACUUUGGAGAGCCCAAGUCCUGGUACAUCGUGCCUCCAGAACACGGGAAGCGUUUGGAGCGUCUUGCUAAAGGAUUUUUUCCCGGAAGUGCCCAAAGUUGCGAAGCCUUCCUGCGCCACAAAAUGACUUUAAUUUCUCCAUCUAUUCUGAGGAAGUAUGGGAUACCCUAUGAGAAGGUCACACAGGAAGCAGGCCAGUUCAUUGUGUCCUUCCCGUAUGGAUAUCACGCUGGGUUUAACCAUGGCUUCAACUGUGCAGAAUCCACCAACUUCGCCACCCAGCGCUGGAUCGAUUACGGAAAGCUGGCGACAUUAUGCUCCUGCCGGAAGGACAUGGUGAAGAUAUCCAUGGACGUGUUUGUUCGCAAGUUCCAGCCAGAACGCUAUAAACUUUGGAAAGCAGGAAAGGACAGUGCGCCCAUCGACCACUCGAAGCCCACGCCAGAGGCAGCAGAGUUCCUGACAGAUGGAAAGAUGGAGAAAGAGACCGGAGAGCUCAGCGAUAGCAGCAGAGCAGAAACACAGGAGAAGAGAGGAGAAGCAGAGGCUGGAGAGGAGGACAAGGCUGAAAUGUUGAAAAGGGAAACAGAUGGUGCAAAGAAGAAAGAAGGAGCAGAGGAAGGAGGUCUGGAGGCAGAGAAGAAGAAGCCUGUUAGUGACGAAGAACCAAGCAGCACCUCAGAGCAGAUCAACAGUAGCACUCCAAAGCAGAAUGUGGGGCAGAAACGGCUCAGACCCAGCCCUGACGACAAUCAAGUAAAGGCAGAAAAAGAGGAGGAAGUUGAGAAGAAGAAAGCCAAACUCAGUCAGACUGAGACCGAUGACAAGACUGAACAAUCCAUCUCCGCUGACCCAGGUUAUGCGCAAGCUGAGGAGGUGAUGGAGAAAGACACGCCCCCUCCACAACAGCAAGAGAAUCAAGCCCCUUCCUGCAUGGAGGUGGAGCUCUCACCAUCAGACCCCUCCUCCAGCAGUGACAUCACAAUGCAGCAAAGAGAUGAUGUCACUCCCUCUGAAUCCAAUGACGUCACCUCAUCCUCACAAUCCACAAACAGCAUUGCUGAUGAUGAGGCUCCGAGCAUUGAUGUCACCUCUCAGUCCCAACACGUCACUCAAAGCUGUGAUGUCCAAAACAUGUCUGAUGACAUCACUCCAAACGGUGACUUCACUGAUGCGCAGCAGAGUGACAUCAUGGCCCAUUCGUGUUCAUUCGACGUCAUGCCUCUCAUAUCUGUAACCAGCAGUAUCUCCUCUCUACACGGCAUUAACUCCGCCCACACCUGUGAUGUCUCUGCUGAACCCAGCGACAGCAAUAUAGAUACCAUCAUCCCUAGUCCAAGUGAGCCUGGCAUUAACUCCUCCCUUACCUAUGAUGUCCAACCAGAACCCAACGACAUCGAGGUCAGCCCUAAACACGAACCUGGCAUUAACUCCGCCCACACCUGUGAUGUCACCACAGAACCCAGUGACAUCACCAUCAGCGUUGAAAAUGAACCCAGCAUUAGUUUUGCCCACAGCUGUGAUGUACAACCAGAACCCAGUGACGGCAACAUUAGUGCAGAAAAAGAACCCAGCCAUAAUGCCGCUCACAGCUGUGAUGCCCAACUAGAAUCCACCGACAUCUCCAUCAAAGCUGAAAAUGCACCAAGCAUUAGCUCCGCCCACAGCUGUGAUGUCCAACCAGAACUGAGCAACAACAUCGACCCUAAACACGAACCCAGUGUUAACUCCGCCCACAUCUGUGAUGUCACCACAGAACCCAGCGAUAUGAGCAGCUGCCCUGAACCUGAACCUGGCAUUAGCUCCACCUACACCUGUAAAGUCACCACAUAUCCAAGCGGCAUUACUGUCAACCCUGAACACGAACCCAGCAUUAACUCCGCCCAAAUCUGUGAUGUCCAACCAGAACUCAGCAACAUCACAGUCAGCCCUGAACACAAACCCAGCACUAACUCCGCCCUCACAUAUGAUGUCAUCACUGAACCCAGUAACAUCACCGUCAGCCCUGAACACAAACCCAGCACUAACUCCGCCCUCACAUAUGAUGUCAUCACCGAACCCAGCAACAUCACCGUCAGCCCUGAACACAAACCCAGCACUAACUCCGCCCUCACAUAUGAUGUCAUCACUGAACCCAGUAACAUCACGGUCAGCCCUGAACACAAACCCAGCACUAACUCCGCCCUCACAUAUGAUGUCAUCACCGAACCCAGUAACAUCACCGUCAGCCCUGAACACAAACCCAGCACUAACUCCGCCCUCACAUAUGAUGUCAUCACUGAACCCAGUAACAUCACCGUCAGCCCUGAACACAAACCCAGCACUAACUCCGCCCUCACAUAUGAUGUCCUCACCAAACCCAGCAGCAGCUCCAUCAACCUUAAGUCUGGCGAGUCACGGUGCAGCUCUGUGUCAGCGGGCGGCAGAAAGGUGUGUCCGCCUGCGGUCCAGCACAUCUUCCAGAGAACGCUGAGCCCCGCGGAGGUGCUGCACGUCCACAGCUACGCUAAAGGAGACUACAGCGAUCUCGAGCCGCGCAUUCAGCAUGAGAGAGACCAAGACAGCGACUCUGAUAGCGACUCUCAAGAGGACAGCAAGAAUGAGGAUGAACACCCAGUGGAAGCUCAGCACAGACUUCCCAGACUCCCCAGGCACCAUCCUCUGAUGAAGGACAGCAUCAGUGAUGAAGAGCUGCAGGAUCAGGCUGUGUCAGAGGAGGACGUGCUGGACGGGGAGGCCUGGGCGCGACCUUUGGCCCAGCUGUGGCAGAACAGACCGUAUAAUCCAGAGAGAGAGAGAGAGUACAACAGAGAGAUGGGUCUGCGGCCCCCGUACUGCGCUGUGUGCACGCUCUUCCAGACACAUCAGCAGUCUGAAGGAGGCGAGAGCGAGCCGGCUGUGAUGCUGCCCAGGGGUCAGAUGAGGACCAAGCCUCUGAUUCCAGAGAGAUGUUUCACCACCACCACCGAGGACAGCGCAGACGUCCAGCCGUCCACACCUCACCUGGAGGAGGACGGCACCAGUCUGCUCGUCAGCUGCUCCCUGUGCAGUGUCCGUGUGCACACUAGUUGUUACGGUGUGGUUCCAGCGAGAGUCUCCAAAGACUGGAAAUGUGCCCGCUGUAAAGCCAACGCCCGCACCGAGAGUUGCUGUCUGUGUUCGUUGAGAGGUGGAGCAUUGCACAGAGCCAAUAAUGGCAAAUGGGUUCACGUCCUGUGUGCGGUGGCAGUGCUGGAAGCCCGCUUUGUGAACAUCGCUGAACGAUCGCCCGUGGAUCUCAGCGGCAUUCCCUUACAGAGAUUCAAGCUGAAAUGCUACUACUGCAAACGGCGAAUGAAGAAAACGUUGGGCUGUUGUGUGCAGUGUUCUCACGGUCGGUGUCCCACCUCAUAUCACCCGACCUGCGCACAGGCCGCCGGCGUCCUCAUGCACCCGGACGACUGGCCCUUCGUCGUCUAUGUCACUUGUUGCCGCCACAAAGGGCCGGUGCAAUCAGAGCGUAAUAAAGCAGCCAUGAGAGAGCUCAGCGUGGGUCAGAAGGUCAUCUGCAAGAACAAAAAUGGACGCUACUACCAGUGUGAAGUCAUACAGCUGACAAAAGAGACAUUUUACGAGGUCAACUUUGACGAUGGCUCUUUCAGUGAUAAUCUUUUCCCUGAGGACAUUGUGAACCGAGACUGUGCUCAGCUGGGUCCGCCGCCGCAGGGGGAAGUGGUUCAGGUCAGGUGGACAGACGGUCUUGUCUAUGGAGCUAAGUUCGUGGCAUCUCAUGUCAUUCAGAUGUACCAGGUGGAGUUUGAGGACGGAUCGCAGCUGACUGCUAAGAGAGAUGACGUCUACACACUAGACGAGGAGCUGCCCAAGAGAGUCAAAUCUCGUCUGUCGAAGGCAUCGGACAUGCGUUUUGAUGGCAUGUUUGGAGAGAAGAAGGUCCAGGAGAGCAAGAGACAGAGAGUGAUCAACUCCAGGUACAGAGGCGACUACAUCGAACCCGUCAUCUACCGAGCCAUCAUGGAGUAGCCCUCGAUGACCCAGCAUUCACCCCAAACCACCAGCGCUCAUCCAGCGUCUCCAGCACACCCUGCCAAUGUCAGUAGUGUUCAGUUCGCAGGGGUCGGACACCUGGAUGGGUUUGACCGCUCCUCAGUCGACCAUCUAUUCUGAUAUAUGGGUCUGGAGUCGAGGCAGGGUGUUUCACAGUGUCUUUAUCAGAGAAUGCAGCUUUGUCAUUGGAUGUGACACCCUUUUAACCUCAGCGCUGUGAAACUGUGCCACAAACACUCUAGAAACACAUCAGCAUGAACAGCAGGUUCAUGGAGUCCCUCUAAAUAACAUUCAUUUGAUACUGAAUAUUUGUAAUCUCCAUUUCAUAAAUAUCUACUUUUAUCAAAUUGCAUUAAUUUAUUUGACUUUAACUGAGGGUGCUGUUUCUACCCAUAUUUUACAGAACGGAGCUGGCAUUCCCAUUUUAUGGAUGCAGAUCUCCUUUUUUUUUUAGAUCUAGCUGUCGUAAAUUGCGCGGGCGAGAUCCUGUUUAUUGUACAUUAUCUGGAACAUAAUGAAUUCAGCGUGUCUUUGAGUUGUUUUUUACAAGCCUAUUUAUUACUGGUGCUUCACAAAAGUCAAUUUUGCAAUACGAGUUCCAGUGCUGUCGAAGUUUGACACGGAUAGGUGUGUUCUGUUUUUGGAAAGAGGAUUGCGUAGAUACUGAAAUGCCAAGGAUUCACUUUCACAGCGGUUCGAGCCCUGCCUUGCUCUCUGGUUCAAUACACUUUCAUUCAGACGUUUCUAUUAAUGUAGCUUCUUACUGCUGUCCACAUUUUAUCAGAAGCCCCACAGAUUUAAUAAGCUAUUUUUGCACUUCUCAGUUGUACUUUUAUGAACUGUCAUCUUUGUCCUUGCAGUAGCCAAGCUCUAGAGACCCAAAUGCACUCAUGAAAGCUGAGGAGGAUGUUGUUCGGACUGUCUAGGCGACAGGAUUUACAGAAAUUAAGGUUGAUGCAGUCCUUCAGUUGUUCGAAAGAUAGAUAGGGCUAAUCUUCACUAUAAAAAAAAAAAAAAAAAAUGAUAAAAGAUUUUUUUCUAUCAAGAAGCUUAUUUUAUUGCUUUGUUUUAUAAUACAUGUUUAAUGUUCAUAUACUGUGAGAUAGAGUUGUAUGUAGUUAAUUUAAGAAAUCUUGAGCUUUCGGCACGUUUCUUCUGCCUCUCGUGUUGCUUUCAAACAUGAGCCUCGUUCUCACUGCACUUCUGAAUGCAGAGGCUCUAGGACUUCCAUACAUGUAUUUUGUAAAAGUCAUUCAUGUGCAUCAGUAAAAGAUGUGAGCUGA